AUGGAUUCUUCGUCUUUUUCCCGUGUGGUUCUUUUUUCUUCCUUUCUGACCUGGAUAAUUUCAUUGCCGUCAAGCUAUGCGACCCCGUUCUCCAAGCGCCAGGAGUCUCCUCCUGCAAACCCCAACGGUCCAAUCGACGGAUGGACCUUUGUCGGUUGCUUCACAGAUGAUGCUCCAGGCUCUCGAACCCUUCUCGAAGCCAGCACUGUGGACCCAAUACUGACACCCGCAGUUUGCACUGAAUUUUGUCAAGGGCCCGCCUCAGCCCCGACAAGGUUCAAUUUCGCUGGGGUCGAAUUCAGCUCAGAAUGCUACUGCGAUUUCAAUAUCCAAGGAACAGCGACCCAAGUCGAGGACAGCCAGUGUGCCUUCCCUUGCGCGGGUGACCCUACUCUCACCUGCGGAGGCGCUGGGCGUGUCGGAAUCUUCACGAAUGGAGGGCCCGUUCCGAUAAACAAAGCCCAAGUUGGAACGUGGUCGUUCGAGGGUUGCCAUACUGACGCGAUCGAUGGGAAUGGGCGCACUCUGACCGGCCCUUUCGAGGUCGUUGGUGGUGUAACAAUUGAAGGCUGCAUCGCUGAGUGUGAAGCCGGCGGUUUUCCUAUCGCGGGACUAGAAUUCGGACAGGAAUGCUGGUGCGGCACCUCUUUCCUCGUUGAGAACACCUCUGCUCCAGUCCGCGAGUGUUCGAUGGCGUGCAAGGCCGACCCUACCGAAAUCUGCGGUGCUCCGAGCCGCCUCUCGGUAUAUAUCAAUGGGGCAAUCACUACCACUACGACUGAGGUACCGGUCCCUACUACGACGGAGACUUCAACUGAAACCCCGCCGGCCGAAACAAUUACCCCGACGACGGAGGUUCCAAGUACAACGACUACGGCAGCCCCAACUACCGAAGAGCCUACUGUCGCACCUCCCACUACGACGAGCACCGAGCCUACAUCCACUGUGGAAACCCCGACUUCAGCUCCUCCUACAUCGACCACGUCAGUGCCGACCUCUACUCCUACCAUUCCCACAACCACGACAAGGUCGACUGUCACUAUUCCUUCGACUACGACUACGAGGCCGACAAUCACUAUUCCGUCAACUACGACGACGAGGUCCACUAGUGUUCCGACGACGACAACCACACAGUCGACGACAACGAUUUCGCCAACGACCACGAAGCCUUCUACUACUGUCACUCCGACGACGAAGCCAACUACAACCGCUCCUACCACCACCACCACCACCACCAAGUCGACCUCGACUACUAAGGCGCCAACUACGACCACUACCAAAGCGAGCAGCACGAGCACAUCGACGAGCACAACGAAGACGAGCACCACCACUAAGACAAGCACCACGACGAAGACGAGUAGCACAUCCAAGUCAACCAGCACCACAAAAACUAGUAGUACAUCCAAGUCAACCAGUACUUCGAGAUCGACAAGCACAAGCCAUUCGACUAGCACCUCGAGGUCAACUAGCACCACAAGGACCAGCACCACGACGAGGACCAGCACUACCACCAAGUUGGCGGCCGCCAUUACGCCAGCACCCACCCAGAUCGACGAAGGGGAAGUCGCUUGA